AUUGCGUGGACAGCCGUUACUCUUUUGGGUUAGCUCGCACAUGUCCAUCUGGAGUCAAAUCCUCUUCAAUUUGGCCGUCAUUAUCAACUUGAUUGUCGCCUUCUUUUACCCGUUUGACACUGACGGACCGGCUCCUGAUCCUCGCACUCACCUCUCAGGUCUCAUCUGGGCCGUCAUGCUCCUAUCCGCCGCUGUGGCCAUCACGUUACCCAAACCGUCGGGUAUUAGGACUCUCGUCAUGACAGUCAUCCUCCGGCUUAUUUGCUCAGCCAGCCCUAAACCCACACUGAUGGUCCUUGCACCGCCACGGUUGUGUUGAAGGGCGUCCAUCUGCUGAGCACCAUGGGCAAUGCCGGGACAUUCCAGCGGAGCGUCAGACAAAUCUGCACGGACACGGAGAUUGUCUAACACGUCGUUCACCUCAUCUUUUGCUUCCUUGGACUCAGCACCCAUCCAUUCUUCUUCUCCGUCCUUUUAUUUGACGUCGUCUACCGCGAGGAGACACUGCUCAACGUCAUCCGCUCAGUGACGCGAAACGGCAGGUCCAUCGUUCUCACUGCCAUUUUAGCUCUCAUCCUAGUCUUCAUGUUCUCCAUCAUCGGAAACGGACAAGAAAGGCGAGAUGGUCGUCAUUUCCAACCGUUUGGUCGAGUCUUCCAGAUUAUCGUCACCUCCCAGUACAGCUGGAAAGCCAACAUGGAGCGUAUCAUGAAGGCUCAAACUUUGAGGGAUACCUCCACCAUGGGAUACAUGGCCACCAAGAAGCACUUGGAAAUCAACUCCGAACAUCCCAUCGUCAAAGCCCUGCGCGUCAAAGCAGAGGCUGAAAAAAUCGACAAAGCUGUCAAGGAUUUGGUCAUGUUGCUCUUUGAAACCUCUCUGCUGUCAUCUGGUUUCUCCCUGGAAGAGCCAGCCGUCCAUGGUUCUCUCAUCUACCGCAUGAUCAAAUUGUGUUUGGGUAUCGAUGAAGAUGAUGUCCCUUCUGGUUGUGAGGAAGCCAAAGCAGAAGAAGAGAUGCCGUCAAUGGACAAUGAUGAAAAUGCUUCUCGCUGGAAAAAGGCGAUAAAACGUGUCAAUUACUGUUAUAAAACAUACACUCAGUUUCUCUCAAUUGUUCUUAUUUCAGCGCUUUUGCGAACUGGAAUGAGGGCAUUCAUAUGAUAAAACUAAUCUUAUUGUUUUAAAAUCAUGGCUUUACUUCAUUGCGUUUCUCUCUCAUUCCUGGCAUUGUAUAACUACGUGUUAAGAGUUGAAAUUUAACACAACUAAUCGCGGUUUGCUAUACAAAAACUUUAUUUGAUUUCUUUCC